CCGUGCGUCUUCAGCGCCCCGCGCGCUCUUUACAUCGGAGCGCAAGGAAAAAGCGUUUCCGGCCAUUCAUACUGCCAGCCGGUCGGCCCACGGUUGUCGGGGUUUGUGCGUUAUUGGGCCGAAGGGGUGCCGGCGCCGCGAGGAUGAAGCUCGUGAGAUUUUUGAUGAAAUUGAGUCACGAAACUGUAACCAUUGAGUUAAAGAAUGGAACACAAGUCCAUGGAACAAUCACAGGUGUAGAUGUCAGCAUGAAUACACAUCUUAAAGCUGUGAAAAUGACCCUGAAGAACAGAGAACCCGUACAGCUGGAAACACUAAGUAUUCGAGGAAAUAACAUUCGGUAUUUUAUUCUGCCAGACAGCUUACCUCUGGAUACACUGCUUGUGGAUGUUGAACCGAAGGUGAAAUCUAAGAAAAGGGAAGCUGUUGCAGGAAGAGGCCGAGGUCGAGGAAGAGGAAGAGGACGUGGCCGGGGCAGAGGAAGAGGGGGCCCUAGGCGAUAAUGUCUCUCAAGAUUUCUGUUUCAAAAUGAUUUGUGACUUGGAAAACUUUUUGUACAGGUUUUGUUUGUGUGUGUCAGUUUUUAAUAAACAUAAAUGUAGGACAGAUUUGUCUACUGACUAUCAAAUUAAGUUUUAAUAGUUCAUAAAUAUACAUGAUGUUAACACAGUAAGAGCUAAACAUUAUUUCUAGGCAGUCCCAAAAUAAUUCCAUUCUUAGAUCAGGCUUUUACUUUUUUUGAACUAAAAUAUUUCCCCUAUGAAUAUAUGUAGAAUAUACACCUUUUUAUUUCACAUGCACUGAGUACACAUUUUAUCAUUUUACUUUGACUCCAUUCUGUGGAACCUUCCUGCAAGUGAAACGAGUUCUUUUUGGUACUUCAGAAGCUAAAGUCCUAUGACUCUCCUGAGUUUUGUUCCAUGGAGACUCAGGUACUCAGUGGAAGGUGAGUCAUCUUCUAAUUCAGGAUUCAUUGAUUUUGUUGUCAUUGUUAAUGAUUUUGUUUUGUUUCAUUUUUUAAUAAGUUCUCAGUAGAAUACGAUUUUGCAGUCUUCUCAGUUGAAACUGUAGAUAAUGUUCACUAGAUUAUCUUUUGUGAGCAGCGCUGAAACGUGUUAAUGUGGAACGUACCUGUCAUUGGCUCCUUUAUCAAAUACUUUUACAAGGUAUCUUUUAAGAACAAAAGGAAGAAAACCUACUUUAUUUGACAGCAAAACUGAAUUCUUUCUCAUCAAUAAAGGUUUUUUGUUUUGUUUUGUUUUGUUUUGUUUUGUUUUGUUUUUGCUUUUGCUUUAAUUGGUUAAAUUUAGAGAAACACACUUCUCAGUGUAUGGUUUCUCAUAAAGCUUACUACCAUUCAUUUGUAUGCUAAGGAAGAAAAACCUAACAGGAUUGUGGUGAACUAAACCUGUAUUUUCAUUUAAUCACAUAUGUGGGGUUUUGUUUUUAAUGAGAAGGAAAUUUUCUGUGAAGAUCAUCAUCUAAAAAGUUUAGGCCUUGUAGGGAAGUAUGUACAUUGAGAGAUCAAGAGCAUUUGUGUGUGAUGUAUAUGUGUGUGUAUCUCAUUCUUUUCUACCCUCUGUUGGUGCUUCUGUUAACUGAACGAAAGCAGAAAGCAAGGGAACCCAGUGAUGCAUCGAGGUGGAGAGGUUUGAAGGGAACAAACAGCAUAAGUAGCGAAUAAACAAAUCUCCCCCCUCUCCAAAACUAUAUAGGAUCUUAGUGCUGCUGCCUUUUGUACACUCAUAUCUUUUAGAGCCUAAAAUUUUAUUUGUGAAAUUUGGGGGAAGGGGUAAAGAAAUUAAUUACGAGUUUAGAUAGGAAACUAAGUGAAAUAAUAGAAAACCACUUUUGACAACAUAUUUUAAUCUAUUAUAAGGUUAAAGCAAGAAUGGCUUAGUAUUUUAAAAUGUAUUAAUACAUUCAAUAGUCAAAAUUCUCAUGAUCCUCUAUAAUAGGUAUCAGAAUAACAUUUAAUACUGUACAACACUGAUUCCUGAAAACUUAAAAUGGACUUUCUUCAUGUGAAAGGAAUUUUCUAUGUUAAACCAAUAGCAGACAUUUUCCAGAGACAUUCCAAUUAAAACAGCAACAAAAAAA